UUUGCGCCAGCACAGACGACGGCAAAACCUCUGCUGAAGUGCCCGGCCUCUCGUGUCUUAAAACCUUUCGUAUCGUAAGGUGGCCACAAUUUAGAUGCUUUCACCGUGCGCUUAAAGAAACGUAACAGGGAUAAUGAGCCAGCAGUCUUAAUCAAAAAGUUGAAGAAAACACUGCAAAUAAUGGAUUCAGAUACUUUCAAUAUCAAUGAGGAGGGCAGUGGAAUAGAACUAGAAACGACUGGCAAAGAAGACACGGAUAUUUUUAGUUACCUGUCAAAUGAGGAGAGAGAAUGCCUGAAUUACCUUAUGGAUACUAUUGAUUCUUUGGAAAUGGAGUUGAUGAUUGAAGAAAAGGAGAAAAGAAAAGAAAAUGGUUCUACUUUUACCUGUCAUCCAGAGGAGCAUAUGGAAAUUCCUUCUCCAGCUGAUGUACAAAGUCAAAAGCUAACUGUGGAAGACAAUAAGCACAACUUUCAUCAUCAAAUGCCAGCUUCUUACCAACAGGAUACAUCUUCUUCAAUCAAUUUUGAAUGUCUGUCACCACGAUCUUCUAGAUCCACCAAUAUGCAGUGUGCCCAGACUCGCAAGUUUGACACCAUUCUACGCUCUGGUGUCAGUGUCCAAGAAUUACGAGCCCAAGUUCUAGCUAGGUUCAAUGGUUCUGUACAAGAGGAUGCCUGUGGUCAACAGGAGCCUACACAUUCUACCACAGCUUGUUUUCCUGAUGGUCUGGACCUCAAGAGUUCCCGGGCUGAGGCCUUGCAAAGACUCGGAUUUGGCAAACGGUCACAAAGUCUUUCACAGCAGGAAAUUCUUGGAGAUCUGCCAAUAUCUCAACUGUCUUCUGCUGAUCAAACUCUUGGCUUGAUUGGACAAGACAAUAGUCACUCUUUACCUUAUAACUCAACGGAUCGCAGGUCAAGCAUUCCUAGAUCACCAUCUUCUGUUACAGAUAAAGACCACCACGAAGCUUUGAAGAAACUAGGACUUCUAAAGCUUUAAGAUGCAUUACCUAAUUUUCUUCUAAGUGAACCCAAAAAUUGUUAUACUUAAUUUGUAUGUUCACUCAUUGUUGACUUUUUAGGCAAAUUAUAGUUAAGUCGUAGCUAAAUUAACAUGUUAUUAUUUUGCAUUUUCCCUUCAUUUGUCCUUGUGUCAGUAGUGAAAUCAGCUAGAAUGAACCAUUUUAGACAGAUAUCACAGCGGAGCUGGAAAUGCAAACCAGUAACAAAAACAGCCAAAGUCAUUUUAAAAGUUGAUUUUUUAUGUUACAGUUCACGGAAAAUAAAAUGUAGCAUUUUUUUAGUUAUAAUAACUAAGAAAACAUUAAACACUUUUUAAUCGGUCGAGGUAGGAGGAAGGCCUGCAGGCUAGGCCCACUUAAUUGCACAGAUAAUCGUGGAGUGUGAACGAUAUCUCUAAGGCGAACACUUAACAUUGUAGAAUGAAUCACAUUGUAAGACAUGUUUUGGCAGUACGGUUUAACGCAACUUCAUGUAAGUUAUUUUUUAUUUCUUAGUCCGCUUAUGAUUCAAAAUUUAGUUGCUUUUAAGCGAUCAUAGCUUUAAUGUUAAACAGCUUGGGAUGAAGAGCAAAACAGUUAUAGAAUUGCUUUUAUUUCUUUGGUUUUUACAGUUUGAACAGGUCAAGGAGGUGAUGCGCCUGUCUAAUAUUCUGAAGGCAUAAGUUGUAUAUGAAUGUCAGAUAGCAAAAUGUAAUCGUCUCCCUUGGUUUAUAAACAAGGAGAAAGGACAUUAGGAUGCACAUUUUCCUAAGUUAACAGAUACAGUGACAUUGAAAAUGGCAGAACUUUAUAAAUUUCCAUAUGAACUUCCAUCUUCCAACUUUUUUCCUCUCUACACAAGAGACUUGAAUGUUUCUUACAUUGCAGAUCUCUACACACAGAUCAAGAAUUUCAGUUUUAACUGGAGGGCUUUAGUUUUAGAGCAAUAACAUAUGCUAAUUCUAGAGAUUUCAGCUUUUUAGUGUAUAGAAUUUUACUGUGUAUAGUGACCAUUAUAGGUUUUAUUUCUCAUGUAGAAUUUACAAGCUUUACGUAUCGACAUUGCUCAGGCUUAUAAUAACUAUUAUAUAGAAACUUAGAGCAUAUGAGUUUCUUGAAAUUCAAAAGUCAAACUACAAUAUCACAGUUAAUUCUUAUAGUUUUUUUUUAGUUUACAUAAAUUAACAUAUUUAUACUUUACCACAUCAUAUUUACUUGCAGCGUUGUUAUUAUUCCAAUAUUUUUGAGACACAUUUUAGUUUUGUGUUUGACAGUUCUUGCCAUCAGUUCUGAAAAUGAGCAAGCAACUUAUAAGCUACAGUAACUGCGUGAAAAACAUAAAGUUACUAAGACAAUAUCUUCUACUGGCACAAAAAUUACAAAUCAAUGAUACAUAGCCUUUCACAAUAUAUAGUGCCUUGAAAUAGUAUUCAGCCCCAAGUCUUUAACUCACAUAAAUGUUACAAACCUUGGAUUUUGCCCGGUGGAAAUUUUAUUAGCACAUUUUCAGAGUGAGGUCCCAAAAGAGAGAAUAAUAAACUGUUAAAAAAAAUUAAAUUUCAAAUACUGCAGUGUCCACAGUUCGUAAAUAUUUAUCGCCCACCUGUCUGGUGCUUGGCUGAACCACAUCUCACAGCUGCUGUAGCAAGUCGUCUUUUUUAAGACGCAAUACGAUGGAACAAGAUCUGCUGAUUUCUCCUUGCCAAAUUGCUCAAGCUGUGCCAGGUUAGUUGUGGGGUGGUGACAGACAGCAAGUUUUAGGUCUCACCAAAGAUGUUAAAUGCGGUUAAGGUUGGGCCUUUGACCGACAAGGUCAAGGACAUCAAUUUUCUUCAUUUUAAGUCACUCCAUUGCUACUUUGGCAAUGUGCUUUGGGUCAUUGUCCUGUUGAAAGACAAAUCUCAUCCCCACUUUAAGCUCUCUGGCAGAGGAGUGAUGGUUUUCCUCCAGGACCUGCCUGUAUUGUGCAGCAUUCAUCUUCCCAUCAGUCCUGACCAGAUCGUCGCUGUCGAAAUGCAUCCACACAACAUGAUGCUGCCACCACCACAAUUUACAAUGGAGAUGGGAUAACCUGGCUGAUGUGCAGCUUUAUACUCGUAUUUACUGAAUAUCACAUACCACUUAGUGUUCAAGCCAAAAACUUCAGCUGUCUGCAAUAUCUUAUGAGUGAUAUUUUACAAGUGUUUUAUAGGCAAGGUCGUUAUGUUUUGUUUUGUUUUUGCUUGUUUUGUUUUCCUCAACCAUGACUUAUUUGUUACUAUUUCAUAAAGGACCUUUUUGUGCCAUGUUUUGAAGAUUGUUGAGCUAGGAGCAUCACCUUGCCGACUUCUGCAACUCAAUCAAGUUGACAAUUGGUGUCCCAGUAGCCUCUCUGACAAAUGUGGUACUUCUUUAGAGAGGCAACCUGACCUUGGCAUUAUGGCUAUAGUUUCAUAUUUUGUCCACCUCUGAAUGAUCAGCAUUGAGCUCUGAGGUAUGUUCAGUGCCUUUGAGGUGGUCUUGUACCUUUUGCCCAGAUCUAUGCUUCUCGAAGGUUAUAACCCUUGUUUUGAAUUUUGUUUUUGUCUUCAUUUUAGUUUGCUUUGUUGAAAUCUGCACUAUAUUAUUGGAAGGCAGUAAGAGAGAUGAUGGGUUUAAUCCCUCCUACCCCAUUAACAGCUGUGUUUGGUGUUCUUCCAGAUGGGUUUAAAGUGGAGAAGGACAAACAAACUGUGAUUGCAUUC